CGUGGAAUCGGAGACUUUGUGGAUGCAAAUGUAUUUCUUGGAUGCCACCUGCUGCAAUUCCUUUAAAUAGAGGUUCUUUUUUAUGAGCCUCAAUUCCUUUAAAUAGAGGUUCUUUUUUAUGAGCCUUUGUUUUUUAUUUAUCAUCGAUGUUUGUUUCUACUGUUACAUUUAGGUGUUUCUUGGAUAACCGUUCGUUUGUUCCUGCAUAAGAAUGUCAUGUCAGAAUAGCUCAAUAUUGCAGUAUACCCAUUCGAUUUUUCCUAACUCUUUAAGAACAAUGCACCUACACUUCAUCUCAAUCAGGGCGAAAGGGUGUGCACACUACCCAUUUGCAGUUUUCGAGAUUCGAUAAUGUCUAGGUCUCACCAACGCAACAUAAAAUAGAUAAGGCUAAGACAAAACUGAUCUACCCUUACUUAUUUUGCGAGAGAAAUACAAACAACUUACUGAACAGUUACUUACUGUCAAGUUUCUUUAAUUAGUUUCUGGAUAUACCACUAUUUCUCUCAUAUUAGAUGCUGUCAGAUUGAUCAAGUUGGUGAUAUGCAUCAUUCCAUCGAAGGCGAAUCAAGAUCAAAGAAGGAACAUCUUUGUAACUAAUGCAAUCUAUAGUUUAUACACACCAAAGAUCUAAUAAUUUAUCCUACAGAAAGUCCAUAUGCACUAACCCUGUAUUUUCUGGAUCAAGCGGUAAUUGUGCCAUUGUUACUUUAUGGCAAGAACAUGAAGAAACCUUUGAUACAGAUGCUCUUCACAAAGCCUCUUAUGAGGAUAGCAUUGUAUGCUGUUUGCAGGCAUGAGUGUCUCCAGGGGACAGGUAUGCCACCUCCGGGAAUGUUAGCCUUCAAGAGUAAAUCUCUGACGCACCACAAUUUUCUUUGUAUAGAGAUAGAAGCUCCACAGCAGAAGGCAAGAAAAGAAAGUAUGCAACGCCAAGUGCUACAUCAGCUAAGAAAAGGAGUGUUUGGUUUUGAUCACUCCGUCAACCCCCUGGUUUUGUUGCCGGGUGUUCGCUGCAGCUCUUCAACACAUAGUGAUGAUGGUCAUUUCGAAGAAAAAAAACAUAGUGAUGACGUAGGACUGCUACCAGGAUAUUAUGAUAUCACCCUUCACCAAGAAGACAUAUUUGUUCGAGAGCAUGACUGAAUAUAAUUAAGAGGAUGCGCUGUUGCCUAUUCAGAUUUUUUCGGGUGUAUUGGCGAUAAUGAAUAUGUUCACUUUAAGAAGUCAUGAGAGAGUUUAACAGGAUAGUAAUAUGGGUUCCAUUUUGCUAUAUGCAAAUCGUGUGUGCUUUAGAUGAAUCUGUUUACUGCUAUAUUCAUUGGAACAAGUGUUGUGAUGGUGGCUAAAAUAGGGUUCGUGCGUGGAGUUACAACUUUGUUUGCUGUGACUUGCCAAAAUUACCAAGCCUGCUGUUGUAA